CUUGCGUGGCAAGCUGAAAUGUGUCUCGCUUCAUCUCCUCACCUCACCCGUUCUUUUACGGGAGUGCGCCAUCGUUGGCGUAUGAGCUUUUCUGUUUGUGUAAGAAUAAUAUCUUAAAACAUCCAAGAUGGUGAACUUUACGGUAGAUGAAAUUAGGGCCAUGAUGGACAAAAAGCGUAACAUCCGUAACAUGUCUGUCAUUGCUCAUGUGGACCAUGGAAAAUCUACACUAACAGACUCGCUCGUUUCAAAAGCUGGCAUUAUCGCUGGAGCCAAGGCAGGAGAAACCAGAUUUACCGACACAAGAAAAGAUGAACAGGAGCGUUGUAUUACUAUUAAAUCCACUGCAAUUUCUAUGUUUUUUGAGCUUGAUGACAAGGAUCUUGUUUUCAUUACCAAUCCCGACCAGCGUGAGAAGGAAGAAAAAGGUUUUUUGAUUAAUUUGAUCGACUCCCCCGGUCACGUAGACUUUUCGUCCGAAGUAACGGCUGCCCUUAGAGUAACCGAUGGUGCCCUUGUGGUAGUAGAUUGUGUAUCAGGUGUGUGUGUGCAAACCGAAACUGUCUUGCGUCAAGCAAUCGCCGAACGUAUCAAGCCCAUUCUUUUCAUGAACAAGAUGGAUCGUGCGCUUCUAGAGUUGCAGUUGGAAGCGGAAGAGCUGUACCAAACGUUCCAACGUAUUGUUGAAAAUGUCAACGUUAUAAUCGCUACUUAUAACGACGACGGCGGUCCCAUGGGUGAAGUUCGGGUUGAUCCGAGCAAAGGUUCGGUAGGUUUCGGUUCCGGUCUGCACGGUUGGGCGUUCACCCUGAAACAGUUCGCCGAAAUGUACGCCGAAAAGUUCAAGAUAGAUGUGGUGAAACUAAUGAACAGACUUUGGGGCGAAAAUUUCUUCAAUCCCAAAACAAAGAAGUGGGCCAAGCAGAAGGACGCCGAUAACAAACGGUCCUUCUGCAUGUACAUUUUGGACCCGAUCUACAAGAUUUUCGAUGCCAUUAUGAACUACAGAAAGGAAGAGUAUGAACAGUUGGUCGUGAAACUUGGCAUCACUUUAAAGCACGAGGAUAAGGACAAAGAUGGCAAGCAACUUUUGAAAGUAGUGAUGAGAACCUGGCUGCCGGCUGGCGAGGCUUUACUCCAAAUGAUUGCCAUCCAUCUUCCGUCGCCCGUAACCGCCCAGAAGUACAGGAUGGAGAUGCUGUACGAAGGACCUCACGACGACGAAGCGGCUUUGGGCAUUAAAAACUGCGACCCCAACGGUCCUCUGAUGAUGUACGUGUCCAAAAUGGUACCGACUUCUGACAAGGGUCGUUUCUACGCGUUCGGGCGAGUGUUUUCCGGUAAAGUGGCGACUGGAAUGAAGGCUCGCAUCAUGGGACCCAACUACACUCCUGGCAAGAAAGAGGACCUUUACGAGAAGGCCAUCCAAAGGACCAUUCUUAUGAUGGGCCGUUACGUCGAAGCGAUUGAGGAUGUUCCAUCUGGGAACAUCUGCGGUCUGGUUGGUGUGGAUCAGUUUUUGGUGAAGACCGGUACCAUCACCACUUUCAAAGACGCCCAUAACCUAAAAGUUAUGAAGUUCAGCGUAUCUCCCGUCGUACGAGUAGCUGUAGAACCCAAGAACCCUGCCGAUUUGCCCAAACUGGUGGAAGGCUUAAAACGUCUGGCCAAGUCCGAUCCCAUGGUGCAGUGCAUCAUUGAGGAGUCCGGAGAGCAUAUCAUCGCUGGUGCUGGCGAAUUGCACUUGGAAAUUUGCCUCAAGGAUUUGGAGGAGGAUCACGCUUGCAUUCCCAUCAAAAAAUCCGACCCGGUCGUGUCCUAUCGCGAGACUGUUAGCGAGGAAUCCGACCAAAUGUGUUUAUCGAAGUCGCCUAACAAGCACAAUAGGCUGUUCAUGAAAGCCCAACCGAUGCCGGACGGUCUCGCCGAGGACAUCGACGACGGCAAAGUGAAUCCGCGCGACGAGUUCAAGGCUCGCGCCCGUUACUUAGGCGAAAAGUACGACUACGACGUGACCGAGGCGCGUAAGAUCUGGUGCUUCGGUCCCGACGGCACCGGCCCCAACAUCCUUGUCGAUUGCACCAAGGGCGUGCAGUAUCUGAACGAGAUCAAGGACUCGGUUGUCGCAGGGUUCCAGUGGGCGACGAAAGAGGGUGUGCUGUCAGAAGAGAACCUUAGGGGCGUUAGAUUCAACAUUUACGACGUCACCCUUCACGCCGACGCCAUCCAUCGCGGCGGCGGCCAAAUCAUCCCCACUACCCGUAGGUGUUUGUACGCGUGUAUACUGACGGCCAAGCCCAGGCUUAUGGAGCCCGUUUAUCAGUGCGAAAUUCAGUGCCCCGAGGUCGCCGUCGGCGGUAUUUACGGCGUGUUGAACAGGAGACGCGGUCACGUGUUUGAGGAAAUGCAGGUGGCCGGCACCCCCAUGUUCGUCGUGAAGGCUUACUUGCCUGUGAACGAGUCGUUCGGUUUCACCGCCGAUCUGCGUUCCAACACCGGCGGUCAGGCUUUCCCGCAGUGCGUGUUCGACCAUUGGCAAGUGUUGCCGGGAGAUCCGCUCGAAGCCGGCACUAGACCCUACGGCGUCGUGCAGGACACGCGCAAGAGGAAAGGUCUCAAAGAAGGCCUCCCAGAUCUUACACAAUAUUUGGACAAACUAUAAAACGAGGGGACUUUAGGUUUUGUACAGAUUAUUUAAGAUUAAUUAAACAAAUUCCAAUGAAAAAAAAAAUAGUUUCAUUUUUGUCAAUUAUGAAUUUUAUCUCUUUAAAUUAUAUCGUUUUCUUUUUGGGAUGUAAACAAUACUUUGGGUAUUGUAAAAAAUUUUGGAAGCAGGCGAAAGCAAAUUAUAAACCCGAGCUUUACGAUUUUUAUUGUUUUUAAAUAUAUCCGGAUUAUAAAUAUUAAUAACGACUCGACUCAUUAACUGUUUACUCUUUUUUGUGUAACAAUAAACUCCAGAUUUUUAUUUU